AUGCCGAUCCGCGCGCACUGCACCAUUUGCUCCGACUUCUUCGACAACGCGCGCGACGUGGCCGCCGUGCCGUGCGGGCACACGUUCCAUCGGGCAUGCCUGUUCCAGUGGUUCGACACGGCGCCCAGCCGCACCUGCCCGCAGUGCAGGAUCCAGGUCAGCAAAAGACACAUAAUCAAUAAGCUGUUCUUUGAUGUUGCCCUGGAGGAGCAGACAGCACUGGAUGCAGAGACCUUGCAGAAUGAACUGGACAAGGUGAAGGCUCAGCUCUCCAUGAAAGAGAAAGAAAAGCGGGAAUGCCAGGCCAUCGUGGAUGGGCUGCGGGACACCUUGGAUGUGCGCAACGCCACCAUCGAGUCGCUCCAGAAGGUGCUGGGAGAAACAGAGAUGCUGUGUUCCUCUCUCAAGAAACAGAUGAAAUUCCUGGAGCAGCAGCAGGAGGAUAACAGAAGUUCAAAGGAAGAGGCCCGCCGCCUGCGAAACAAGCUGAAAGCCAUGGAGCGGAUUGAAUUGUUGCUUCAGAGCCAGCGCCCCGAAGUGGAGGAGAUGAUCAGAGAGAUGGGAGUUGGGCAGGCAGCAGUGGAGCAGCUUGCAGUCUAUUGCGUCUCACUGAAGAAGGAAUAUGAGAACUUGAAGGAGGCUCAGAAGAUCUCUAGUGAGAUGACAGAGAAGCAGAAGAAGGAGCUAUUCUCUGUCAACAGUAAGCUGCAGAAAACAGUUUCAGAGUUGGAGAAGACAAAGGAGGAGUUAAAGAGCACCCAGAAGGAUUUGAAGAAUGCAGACAAGGAGAUCUUGAGUCUGAAGAAGAAGAUAGACAUACUGCAGGACACUCUGAAAGUGCCAUCUGUAACUAGAGAGACGCUCAGCCGGCUGGUCUUUGAGAGCCCAACUCCUGUUGAACUGCAGCACCCGAGGCUCCGCCGUCCAGCUCACAGUGAUGAGAUCAACCUAGAUGACGCUUUUGAUGUGGACACCCCUGAAAAUCAGCCCUGCAGAUCUCCAUUCAGUGCUGCAAAAAAGCAGAAGCUGGAUAAAAAGCAGCCUCCCGUGGUAAAUCUGGCAAAGAAAGCUCUAAAGGAGACAGUGGAGAACUGGGGAGAUGAUCUGGAGGACGAGACUCUGAAAGGAUUCCUGCCAGCAUUCAUCAGAAACUCAGUUUUCUCCAAGAAGCCCAUGUCAGGUAGCUUGCUGCGGCCCCACACAAACAUGGGCAAGGUGAGGAUGGGAUACGAUGGCUUGGGAGGCAGAACCAAGUUCAUACAGCCUACAAGCCCUACAGAGUUCCAUCCCAUAAGAGUGAAGAGCAAGAGGAAUGUCUCCAGGCCAGCAGCAGCUGCUGCCCCUGAACGUGCCUGCAGCAGCCGGGCCAGCCUGGAUGCUUUCCUGCAGUGAAGGGUUCGUGCCCCUGGGAGCAGCAGGGCUGAGUGUGCUUGCACAGAGCCUGGCCCUGCAGCGAGCCAGCCAGGAGCCCAACCAUCUGCCCAGUGCAUGGACAGCUUCGUGCCUCCUUUCAGCCCCCCUCUCUCAUUUCCACGCAGAAAUUUAAAUGGGGAUUUCUCUUCUGCCAGCCUGCUCACAGCUCUGUAGUUGCUGCUGCUGUUGGUCGCUGGAGGUGGAGCUGCACUGCUGGGAUGCAGCCGUGAGCUACAGCUGCAGGAAGAGAUCUUGGCUGGCUGCAGCCUGGGGGGCACAAGUGGGAAGAAAGGACCUGGUGCAGUGCUGUAAAUAGUGCAGAGAUCUUGCUGGGCCCAGGGUGCUGCUGCGGCACAGCUGUACCUGCUGCUGGGCCGCUCCCCAUCCCUCUGCCAGGGCUGCAGCACCUGUGCCAAGGUGGGGUGUCCUGGGCCUUGGGCUGGGAUGUGGAGCCUGGGCUGGGACAGAGGGUGGUGGUGGUGCCCUCCUGCCCUGCUGAGGAAGAAGCACAGUGCCCUGUGCUGCUGCCCUUUCUCCUUCUGGCCUGUGUUCUGUAACUUCUGUGUGAAUUUCUGGUUUUUUUUAAUGUGAAUGUAGGCAUUUUUGUCGUUCUUUCAAAGCCAGCCCAAGGCACGGUGCUGCUAGGUGGCCUCUCUGGGGCUGGAGCUCUCCUCCCCCCACUGUUGAGGCCCCAGUGCGUGGUUCCCAUCCCCACCUGCUGGAGGCUGGGGGCCGGGCUGGCUGCAAACCUGU